UGUCACGUGACUGACAGACUCUGGCGAGUUAUUCCAGCUCCACAGUCAUGGCGGUGACGAGGAGUCUCCGGGAUGCUCGAUACGCUUCUACAACACUUUAAAUUAUCUGGUUUUCUCACCCUCAUGCUGGGCGGUACCCGCUGUCCUCGGACAAGUGUCGAACAUCCAGUAGGCUGCUGUGUUUCCCACGAUGGCCGACCGCGGCGUUGAUCUGGCGGCUCUACCGAAAGAGGUCAGGGACCAGCUGGCGGAGUUGGACCUGGAGCUAUCCGAAGGCGAUAUCACGCAGAAGGGUUAUGAAAAGAAACGGACCAAACUGUUGGCUCCCUACAUCAUCCAGACUCCGGUGGAACCACCUCCUAAGAGAGAUGUGCUACCUCCAGCUCCCAGUUCAUCCUCCAGUCAUGCCCCACUCCAGUCCAGCUCAUCAAGAUACAGGGAGCGACGCUCCCGGAAGACACAUCGCAGUGGAGGAACCAGAGACGACCGCUACAGAUCAGACAUCCAUUCAGAAGCAGUGCAAGCAGCUCUGGCGAAACAUAAAGAGGAGAAGAUGGCCUUGCCCAUGCCAACAAAGCGGCGUUCCACCUAUGUGCCAUCUCCCAUUGAAACCAGGACCCCACCAGACUCGUCGUCCGGUUCCGAUGACGACACCAACCUACGCCGGCAGUCAUCUGUUGUCGCUCCGCCACCUAUGACUAAUCACAACCUGCAGAGUCCAGAGUCGUGGAUUAACCGUUCAGUCCAGGGCUCCUCGACGUCCUCCUCUGCCUCGUCCACUUUAUCCCAUGGAGAACCCAAACCGCAGCCCCAGAGUCAACCUCAGCCGCAGUACAAACCCCAGUACCAACCUCAGUAUAAACCCCAGUACCAGCCCCAGUACCAACCUCAACCCCAGCACCAACCCCAGCACCAACCCCAGCACCAAUCCCAGCACCAAUCCCAGCACCAAUCCCAGCAACAUCCACAGGAGACGCCGCGUACAGCUGCCAUCACUGACAUGAUGGCUCACAGUCGGAUUGCUCCAUCGGAGAACAGCGCUCCGCCUCCAGAUGUUACAGCCGUGGCCCCUGCAUCCAGAGCCCCGCGGGUGGACCUGCCCUCCAAUGCAGUGGUCCGGGGAAUGAGCCGGGGGCAGAGCCGCUCCAGCAUGAUGGAGACGGCAGACGGAAGAGGUAAUACUCAGAGAGUUCCAGUCAACAGCAGGGUUUCCACAAAGAUCCAGCAGCUGCUCAACACUCUGAAGAGGCCUAAGAGACCAGAGCUCAGCGAGUUCUUCACUGAUGACUCAGAGGAGAUAGUCGAAGUUCCUCAGCCAGACCCCAACACACCCAAGCCUGAGGGCCGUCAGAUCAUCCCGGUGAAAGGAGAGCCUCUGGGAGUGGUCAGUAACUGGCCGCCGGCCCUCCAGGCUGCACUGGCACGCUGGGGUGCCACGCAGGGGAAGAGUCCUGCCCUCACCGCUCUGGACAUCACUGGGAAGCCGCUCUACACACUAACCUACGGGAAGCUUUGGAGCCGUAGUGUGAAGCUUGCAUUCACACUCCUCAACAGGCUGGGCACCAAAAAUGAGCAGAUCCUUAAACCUGGGGACAGGGUGGCGCUGGUGUACCCCAACAGUGACCCUGGGAUGUUCUGGGUGGCCUUCUAUGGUUGCCUACUGGCAGAAGUCAUACCUGUGCCUAUAGAAGUGCCACUGUCUCGCAAGGAUGCAGGUAUCAGCCAAGUUGGGUUUCUCCUGGGCAGUUGUGGUGUCGGUCUGGCUCUAACCAGUGAGAUUUGUCUGAAGGGGCUUCCCAAGACCCCUACUGGGGAAAUAAUGCAGUUCAAAGGCUGGCCCAGAAUGAAGUGGGUGGUCACAGACACCAAGUACCUGACCAAACCUUCCAAGGACUGGCAGCCGCACAUCCCAACAGCCAACACUGACCCCGCAUAUAUAGAGUACAAAGCCAGUAAAGAGGGCACGGUGGUGGGCGUGGCUGUGUCCAAAGUUGCCAUGUUGACCCACUGUCAAGCUCUGACUCAGGCCUGCAACUACUGCGAGGGCGAAACCUUGGUGAAUGUUUUGGACUUUAAGAAGGACAUGGGCCUGUGGCACGGUGUUCUCACGGCUGUGAUGAACAGGAUCCACACCAUCAGCGUGCCCUAUGCUGUAAUGAAAGCCUGCCCGCUCUCCUGGGUUCAGAGGGUCCACAUCCAUAAAGCUCGCGUGGCUCUGGUGAAGUGUCGGGACUUACACUGGGCCAUGAUGGCUCACCGGGACCAAAGAGACACCAGCUUGGCUUCGCUGCGCAUGCUGAUUGUUGCUGAUGGUGCAAAUCCCUGGUCGGUGUCUUCCUGUGAUGCUUUCCUGAACGUGUUCCAGUCUCAUGGGCUCAAACCUGAGGUGAUUUGCCCCUGUGCGACGUCACCGGAGGCAAUGACAGUGGCCAUUCGCAGACCGGGAUUGCCAGGCGCACCGCUGCCUGCCCGUGCCAUCCUUUCCCUGGGAGGUCUGAGCCACGGAGUCAUCCGAGUCAACACCGAGGACAAGAACUCAGCUCUCACCGUGCAAGAUGUGGGCCAUGUCAUGCCUGGAGCUCUGAUGUGCAUUGUCAAACCGGACGGUCCUCCUCAGCUGUGUAAGACAGACGAGAUCGGAGAGAUCAUCAUCAACUCUCGGGCAGGAGGAACCAUGUACUACGGCCUCCCCGGUGUCACCAAAAACACAUUUGAGGUGAUUCCAGUUAACUCUAAUGGCGUUCCCAUUGGGGAAAUUCCAUUUGUGCGGUCGGGGCUCCUGGGAUUUGUCGGCCCCGGCAGCCUGAUCUUUGUAGUGGGGAAGAUCGAGGGUCUGCUGCUAGUGAGUGGGCGGAGACACAACGCGGAUGACCUGGUGGCAACCGCCCUUGCUGUGGAGCCGGUGAAGACAGUGUAUCGUGGAAGGAUUGCUGUGUUCUCAGUCACGGUCUUCUACGAUGAGCGAGUAGUUAUCGUGGCCGAGCAGCGACCGGACGCCAGUGAAGAGGACAGUUUCCAGUGGAUGAGUCGAGUUCUGCAGGCCAUUGACAGCAUCCACCAAGUCGGCCUCUACUGCCUCGCCCUGGUGCCAGCCAACACUCUACCCAAAACUCCGCUGGGCGGCAUCCACAUCUCUGACACUAAACAGUACUUCCUAGACGGAAACAUUCACCCCUGCAACAUCUUGAUGUGUCCUCACACAUGCGUCACCAACCUGCCCAAACCACGGCAGAAACAGCCGGUCGGUGUUGGUCCUGCCUCAGUGAUGGUUGGGAACCUUGUGGCUGGGAAGAGGAUUGCACAGGCAGCAGGGAGAGAGCUGGGCAUGAUUGAGGAUCAGGAUCUUGUACGGAAGCUCUGUAUGUGGCCCACUGUGAUGCACCAGUACUUGUCGGAAGCUCUGCAGUGGAGAGCGCAGUCAGACCCGGACCACGUCCUCUAUGUUCUCCUUAAUGCCAAGGGUGUGGCUGUGUGCACGGCGACGUGCGUCCAGCUUCACAAGAGGGCGGAGAAGAUCGCUGCAGCGCUGACAGAGAAAGGCAGCAUCAAUACCGGCGAGAAUGUUGUGCUGCUGUAUCCACCUGGUAUCGAUUUAGUCGCUGCCUUCUACGGAUGCCUGUACGCCGGCUGCGUCCCAGUGAACGUCAGACCUCCACACCCUCAGAACCUGGCGGCUACGCUGCCUACGGUCCGCAUGAUCAUUGAUGUCAGCAAAGCGGCCUGCAUCCUCACUACUCAGAACCUGAUGCGGAUUCUGCGCUCCAAAGAGGCCGCUGCUUCUGUCAACAUCAAAACCUGGCCAACAAUCAUCGACACAGAUGACCUCCCUCGCCGUCGGCCUCCUCAGAUCUACAAGCCGCCCACAGCAGAGAUGAUUGCCUAUCUGGACUUCAGUGUGUCCACCACAGGGAUGCUGACUGGGGUCAAGAUCUCUCAUGCAGCGGUCAGCGCUCUCUGCAGAUCCAUUAAGCUGCAGUGCGAGCUCUACUCUUCUCGCCAAAUAGCCAUCUGUCUGGAUCCGUACUGCGGUCUGGGCUUCGUCUUGUGGUGCCUCGCCAGCGUUUACUCAGGUCACCAGUCCGUCCUUAUUCCUCCGUUCGAGUUGGAAAGCUGCCUGUCUCUGUGGCUGAGCACACUCAGUCAGUACCGCAUCAGAGACACCUUCUGCUCCUACUCCGUCAUGGAGUUUUGCACUAAAGGGCUGGGAACACAGACAGAACUCCUCAAGGCCCGGGGUGUGAACCUGUCAUGUGUGCGCAGUUGUGUGGUGAUUGCAGAAGAGCGCCCUCGUCUGGCCCUCACGCACUCCUUCUCCAAGCUGUUUAAAGACUUGGGCUUGUCAUCCAGAGCUGUCAGCACGGCCUUUGGCUCCAGAGUGAACCUGGCCAUCUGUCUGCAGGGCACGACUGGUCCUGAUCCCUGCACAGUCUAUGUGGACAUGAAGUCUCUCCGCCAUGACAGGGUGAGGCUGGUGGAGAGGGGAGCUCCACAAAGUUUGCCCCUGAUGGAGUCUGGCAAGAUAUUGCCUGGUGUGAGAGUGAUCAUCGUGAACCCCGAGACCAAAGGUCCGCUUGGCGACUCUCAUCUGGGAGAGAUUUGGGUGAACAGUCCUCACACGGCCACUGGCUACUACACUAUCUAUGGAGAAGAGAGCCUCCAGGCUGACCACUUCAACACCAAGCUCAGUUUUGGUGACCCCCAGACCCUAUGGGCUCGCACUGGUUACCUGGGAUUUGUGAAGAGGACGGAGCUGCUUGAUGCCAGUGGCGAUCGACAUGAUGCUCUGUUCGUGGUGGGCUCCUUGGAUGAGACCCUGGAGCUGAGAGGACUUCGCUAUCACCCCAUCGACAUCGAGACCUCUGUGUCAAGAGCGCACCGCAGCAUCGGCGAGAGCGCCGUGUUCACAUGGACCAACCUGCUGGUGGUGGUGUCGGAGCUGUGUGGCUCAGAACAAGAUGCACUGGACCUGGUACCUCUGAUCACGAACGUGGUUCUGGAGGAGCACCACCUCAUUGUUGGGGUGGUGGUCAUUGUGGACCCUGGGGUCAUCCCCAUCAACUCCAGAGGCGAGAAGCAGCGCAUGCAUCUCCGUGACUCCUUCCUUGCCGACCAGCUGGAUCCCAUCUACGUGGCGUACAACAUGUAAGAUGUUCAGCGAGUCACGGGUGGGUUGGGCGCCACCCCCCACCGACCCUGUCCCGGUGUGACACCAGCAUAUCGCGGCAACUGCAUGCCUCCGACGGGACCUGCCCGUGGAGUUGUUCACUGUGUUUUAUUGAUAGACUUUUGCAGUCCGGACCGAGACCAGACUCUUUUUCAUGAGCAACACACCAUAGUACUGCUUUUGGAUUUUAUUCUAGAAUAAUGUCUUGGAAGAAAAGGCGCUUUUGCUACAUGACACAAGCGUCUUGAAACACUUUCCCUGUUUGUGUCCUCACUGAUUUCAAGAGAUACUACACUUGAAUCCACUGGAAAUAUUUUUAUACCUGCAGCUUUUAAACACACACACACACUGAUGCAUGUGCUGUGUCGGUCCAUUUAUCAGGAACCUCACAAACUUCCAGUGUCUGGCCAUGUUGACCAGGUAAAUGUGGUUAUACACAAAUAGGCCAUAACAUUAUGACUGCCUGCCAGACGUUGUGAAGUUUUCCGUUUGUUGUUGGAACUGACCCGCGGUGGAAGAACAAAGAAGCAGGUGGACUAACGUCUCAGCGGGAACAUGCCACAUGUGAGGUGUGGUUUGAGCAACAAAAUGUAGCAACACAAUAUGAGACAGAUGGUCAUAAUGUCAUGGCCGAGGUCCUGGUCUUAAGUCUGUUACUCUCUGAAAACCUCCAAAGGAUUGUGAUCAGGUGAUGCCAGGAUGUUCCAACCAUCGCCUCCCUACACUUCUCUUCCUCACCCCUAGUUAGGGAGCCGAUGGUGACGCAUGUCUUUUGUUGUGACUGGAUCUUUUCAUUUUUGAAUAUAUCUACACCUUUCCAUGACAUUUCUCUGUCUCACAAAGGGUGGGUUCAAAACUCAACAUUCCCAACGUGCUCUUCUGAGCAACUUCAUUUCAGCUUUUUUGUUAGGGUGAAAACUGGUCUCGCUAUUUUAAUAGUUGCAUUUGAGACAUCGCUGCAGAGGUAUAGUUGAAUGAAUAUGUGAUUUAAAAGCAUAUACAGUAUGAGAGAGAGGCAGUGAAAUAUUUGAUGGAAAUGAAAGUAACAAGAUGGAAAAUAUUAAAGUCGUCAAGUGGAAAUUUCAAAAAGAUGAAAUGCAGCCAAAAAAAAUGCAGACAUUUAAACAACAAAAAAAUAUUGUUUUUCGCUUAAAGGAACACGCCACCUCUGUUCAUGCAUAAAUGCCUACAUCUUCAGUUAGCUAGGUUUUAUUUUGUGCAGCCAUACUUGGGUUAUAUAAUCACUUGUACAAAUACCUUGUACAAACUCCACUCAGUUUUGGAUCCCAACAAAAACAUUAGCCGUGCUAAAUGCUAACCAAAUAGCGCUCCGCAACCGGGCCGUCUGGGAUCAUACUCACAUUGCGGUCGCAUAGUGAGAGCACUUCAUCAUGUUGCCCCAAAAGUUGCUUGUACGAACCCGCCGUAAGCCUCAUGUACAUCCAUAUUUAAUUGAAAUUAAUGCCUUUUACCCUGGGCCAGUUAGAAAUAUCAAACUAUAUAUAUAUAUAUAUAUAUAUAUAUAUAUAUAUAUAUAUAUAUAUAUAUAUAUAUAUAUAUAAGGCCAUUUGCUGUGUUUUUUUAACAACCAAUCAACUAUCCAAAAAUAUCCUUUUUUUUCCGGAUGGAAAAUGAAUCCAAAGUUCUCACCUGCGUCAUUUUCAUGUUGCAUUAAUUAGUUAGUAUUAAAAAAUAGGUCAAUAAACAGAAGAGUAAUUCCGUAAAUUCUAUUUCAAAAAAACAAAUGGUACCUUGGUUUCCAUUACCCAACUGACGCCCCCUGACGAAAAGACCAGGGAAGAUUUCAUUAAGGAACAGAGGUGGAGUGUUCCUGUAAUAAAUUUAGACCCUUAAAAAAACGAUUAAAAAAAGCCCAAAAAUCAAAAUGCCAAGUGAAAACCCAUGAAUAUGAUCUGCUUUUCAUUGUCCAUCAAAGGCAAAUAGAAACAUUCCUGCCCUGAUUUUGACAUUCCUACUGUGAAACAUGAUCCAUUCAUCAUCGACAGACAUUUGCUGUCUGCACAGUCGAAGAGGCUGCGUUCCCUUCUGCACAUGUUAGGACCUCUGUGUAUUUUAGGACGUGUAUAGGUAUUCUGAACUGUAUAAAUGUACAAAGGAGUCACUCAUUCCUCUCCGAUGAAGGGUUUCGGGUCGUUGAGAGCAGAUGAACGUAGAGGAAGAUUGUAAAUACAGCUUUGACUUGUGGAUUAUAGUAAACUGAGUUAACUAUUAGCCAAAAAAGAUGUGCACUUUCUCCAGAACAAAAGUCUAUUUUAUUAUUAACAAUGAGGCGUUGUGACUAACUUAUCAGGAGCAUAUAUUGUUAUGAUGACGUAUUUUUAUUGAGAAGAGUUUACUGGAUGGCUAACACUGUUAACGCCAUGAAACAAUUGAGUUGUUUUAUAGAAGCAAAGAUUUAUUCUCAUUCUAUCGCCAUUCUACAUUUAGCUGCCCCCUUUUUAGUUUGGUGACUGAAUCAACGCUCAAAUGUGAAGAUGAAAAGUGGGUCGUUGCGGACGAGUCUGAAGAUGUGAGCGUUUCAGUCUGUUGAGGAGAGUGAAGGAAAAAACAUGGAGAUGUUUGCCACUCAUAUCUGUAGCCCUGCAACUGUGUGCGUUUCUUGUGCUCUCCACCAUCUAUUUGUACAUGAUUCAGUGUCGGCAUGUAAAUAGGUUUGACUUAGUUUCCAUUUGAUGCAUCAGAUCACCGACAUAAGUGAAACAUUGCUGUUGGCUCCUCCAGCACCAGAACAUCUCUAGAGUUGCCGUUUGCUUUUAGACAUCACUAUUCCGUCCGCUCUAACAUGGAUUCCUUUUUUUGCAUCUGAAUUUGGAGUGUGAGAUUUAUAUGCACGAUGUUGUAAAUUCAGGGAACAAACACAGGGACGGAUCAGGUGCAGGCCUCACAAACACCACGACCGAGAACGGCAGCGGCUGCGGAGCUCCGCGUUGGUUCUCCCCAGUUCGGACUAUGCAAUCCCAGCACCGUCUGGUGAAACAAUACUUUUGUCAUAACCAAUAACAAUCAAGCUUAUUAACAUCACACAUCACUCUUUAUUGUUAAUAGUUUGUGUAUGAACCCUUCACUUAUUGUACAUGAGUUACUUGGUGAUUUGAAACUACCAUGAGGGUGCAAACCACUGCUGAAGCAGACAUCUUAAGGUGGUCACGCCCCAGGUGUCGACUUGUUUUUGUCUUUCUAGCAUAUUUUCUAAUUUUGGUUUGUUGUACUUUGUUUUAUACUUUAUGUAAAAGUAAUACAGAAUAAACAGAACCAUCUAAUCGUGUCCUGGCGUCUG